AUGACUCCAAAGCCUAAAGUGCUGGGCGUGGCUGAAAAGCCGGAAGCAGCCAAACAGAUUGCAACAAUUUUGAGUGGAAACAAUUUCAAGAGGAGAGAAGGAAAAUCAAAGUUUAACAAAGUAUUUGAGUUUGAAUAUAGAAUGAACGGACAAGUAGUAACCAUGUGCAUUACAUCGGUGUUGGGCCAUUUGAUGGAGUUGGAUUUUGAAGGCAAAUUCCGAUCAUGGGCUUCAUGUGAUCCGAUUGUUUUGAUGGAUGUUUCAACACCAGUGAUACGUACUGUUCCAGAAAAAAUGCUGAAAUUGAAAAGAACCUUGAAAACGAAGCCAGAAAUGCAAGUAAAUUAA